UAAAAAUGUCGCACUAUGAACCCAAUAUCGUGAAUUUGUGUCAAAUUUUAUUUAGAAACAUCAAAGCGUGAUGUAACGUAAGUCAUUUAAUAUUUAAAAAAUUGCAUCGUUGUACAUAUUUAUGUAUAUGUCCCUCGCGGAAACGUUCAACGUAUAGAAAAUGGCAUCUAGCGAAGACGGCGUGAUUUCCAAAAAUGAAUUGAAACGUCGCUUAAAAGCUGAGAAAAAAGCGAAAGAAAAAGCCGAAAAAGAGAAAACUGAAGAACUCAAACCGAAAGCAGGAGGAGCUGCUUCUAAACCGGUGGCAGAAGAAGAAAUCAGCCCUAAUGAAUACCAUCGGUUGCGGACUCAAACCGUAUCCCAAUGGAAGCAGAACAAUAUAAAUGCUUACCCUCACAAGUAUUCAGUUUCCAUUUCGUUAGAAGAAUACAUCGAAAAGUACAAUACGUUGCAAGAUGCCGAAGUUUUAAACGAUGUAACCUUAUCUGUAGCCGGUCGUGUCCAUGCGAUCCGGAGUUCGGGCCCUAAGCUGAUAUUCUUCGAUUUACGAGGAGAAGGCGUUAAACUGCAAGUUAUGGCCAACGCGAAAUUUUAUUCAUCCGAGAAAGAAUUCGAAGAAGAUACCGAUAAAAUUAGAAGAGGUGACAUUAUCGGGGUACAAGGCAACCCUGGUAAAACUAAAAAAGGAGAGUUAUCAAUUAUCCCUAAAAAAAUUACUUUGCUGUCUCCGUGUCUUCACAUGUUACCUCAUUUGCACUACGGUAUUAAAGAUAAAGAAACGAGAUAUCGUCAAAGGUACCUUGAUUUGAUUAUCAACGAAAGAACUCGUCAGAAAUUCAUCAUCAGAGCUAAAAUAAUAUCGUAUGUUCGCGGAUUUUUGGAUUCGCUGGGAUUUUUAGAAGUCGAGACGCCGAUGAUGAACAUGAUAGCCGGAGGAGCAACAGCUAAACCUUUUGUAACGCAUCAUAACGAAUUAGAUUUGGAUUUAUUCAUGAGGAUAGCGCCGGAGUUAUAUCAUAAGAUGUUAGUAGUCGGCGGUAUCGAUCGAGUUUACGAAAUAGGUCGACAAUUCCGUAACGAAGGUAUCGAUUUAACGCAUAAUCCAGAAUUUACUACUUGCGAAUUUUAUAUGGCAUAUGCUGAUUAUAACGAUCUCAUGUGCAUCACCGAAGACUUAUUAUCAGGGAUGGUUAAAAGUAUUUACGGUUCCUACAAAGUAGCGUACCAUCCAGACGGUGGUGAAAACCCUGAUAGCGAAGAAGUCAUCAUCGAUUUUACGCCGCCAUUUAAACGAGUAUACAUGUUUCCCGCUUUAGAACAAGCUCUAAAAGUUGAAUUACCCGAUCCUGUGAAUUUAGCUACUCCGGCUGCUAAUAAAUUUCUCAGCGAAUUAUGCGAAAAACACGGUGUCGAAUGUCCACCUCCACGAACUUCGUCUAGAUUAUUGGAUAAGUUGGUUGGCGAAUUUCUAGAAGAAAAAUGUAUAAAUCCGACGUUCAUUUGCGAUCAUCCUCAAGUAAUGUCUCCAUUGGCUAAAUGGCAUCGUUCUGUUCCCGGUCUGACAGAGCGUUUCGAAGUUUUUGUCAUGAAGAAAGAAAUUUGUAACGCGUAUACCGAAUUGAACGAUCCGGCUAUUCAAAGAGAACGCUUUGAACAGCAAGCCAAGGAUAAACAAGCGGGUGAUGAUGAAGCUCAGUUAAUCGACGAGAAUUUCUGCACAGCUUUAGAGUACGGAUUGCCACCCACAGCUGGUUGGGGUUUGGGUGUCGAUAGGCUCACUAUGUUCCUAACGGAUUCAAACAAUAUUAAAGAAGUAUUAUUUUUCCCGGCCAUGAAACCCGAUGAUUCGGAUCGGCCCAAGGAAGCAAAUGACAAAAAUUUAUUAAACGGCGAAUGAUGAUAGUAUUUUUCGAUUUAUACACGGUUUUUUGAAACCGCUUAAAUUUUAAGUAAUUUAUUUAAUUCUCUUUUUUGUUUAUCUUCGAUUGUGUUUUAUUACUAAUAAAAUCCUCGAGUGUGGCAAA